AUAAAUGAAUGUGUUGAACUCAGAUGUUUCUUCCUCUUUGUGAGGAACGUCGGGAAGGAGGAGGAAGGUGGUUGCUCAUUGGGUGCUCAGAAAGAGCGAGGGUGAAGUUUAGUUUGGGAUUGGCUUUGUCCUCGUGCAAGCACCCGCCACCCGUCAUUUUUUAAAACGUAUCGUUACACCAUCUGCGAUACGCAGGGCUAGUCUCCGCCCCUCCCCACCACCGCCAUUGCCACUUCUUAGCGGCUAAAACCCCGCCGAGGGCCACGCAGCUUUCUUCUCCGCUUUCUUGAUGACGGCCUCUCAGAGGCUCUAUUCCACCAUCCUCACUCUCACUCUCUCUUCUUCAUCCUCCACCGCCAGGCCAUUCACUCCCCUCCUUUCGAGAACCUUCUUCUCCUUCUCUCUCUCGCGCUCUGCUUCUUCCCUUACGUUCGCCAAUCCCGCGAUGGUUAAUACUCGGAGGCGAGGUGGCAGAAGAGAACAGCAGUGGAAACAGAAGCCUAAAAACGUAGGAUCUUCGAGCGUUAAAGUUGAUGGCUCUUCUGAAGAAGUUAGGCACGAUCUUGGGAAGCUCCAUCUUUCUGAUAAUCGUGGACUGGCGGCUGACAGAAAUGCCGAGUUCGUGGAUGGCCACAACGGUUCUGUUUCUUUUGCCGGCUCCAAUGGCCAACCGUCAUGCGAUCCUGUUGGUUCGCAAUCUCCAACAAGUCCUCCUGUUUCACCAAUUCAGUUUGGAGGUACCCGUCUGGUGGAGCAGCCUUCCUUGAAAUCGCAGAUGGCAGUAUGGAAACCCAAGGGUUAUGCUACGAGCAGAGGAAUUGAAACUUCAGAAGCGAUUGCAAAAGAGGCAGCAGAUACGCGUAUUACCAACAAGAAUGAAACUUCUUCUGAAAGUAACAGCGGAUUGAGCGGAAUCUUUGUUAGCAAAACAGCCAAAAUAAAGCUUCCCCUUGGAGUAGAUUUUAAUGUGGACAAUGCCACGUAUUCGGAAGCUCAAAUACGAGCUACCUUUUAUCCGAAAUUUGAGAAUGAGAAAUCUGACCAAGAGAUUAGAACAAGAAUGAUAGAGAUGGUUUCUAAAGGACUGGCAACUUUGGAGGUGUCACUCAAACAUUCUGGUUCACUUUUCAUGUAUGCUGGGCAUGAGGGUGGAGCUUAUGCCAAGAACAGCUACGGGAAUAUAUAUACUGCUGUUGGUGUUUUUGUCCUUGGCCGCAUGUUUGUGGAGGCAUGGGGCGCCCAGGCAAACAAGAAGCAAAAGGAGUUCAGAGAAUUUCUUGAGAAAAAUCGUAUAUGCAUUUCAAUGGAGCUGGUGACAGCUGUUCUGGGUGAUCAUGGGCAACGUCCUCUUGAUGAUUAUGUGGUAGUGACAGCUGUAACAGAUUUAGGCAAGGGAAAGCCAAAGUUCUACUCCACGCCUGAUUUGAUUUCUUUUUGUAGGAAAUGGCGGUUACCUACAAACCAUGUUUGGUUAUUCUCAACAAGGAAAUCCGUGACUUCCUUCUUUGCGGCUUACGAUGCAUUGUGUGAAGAGGGAACAGCCACACCUGUGUGCAGGGCACUUGAUGAGGUUGCAGAUGUAUCUGUACCAGGAUCCAAAGAUCAUGUGAAGGUACAAGGCGAGAUUUUGGAGGGUUUAGUAGCUCGCAUAGUUAGCCACAAGAGUACAGAACACAUGAAAAAGGUCCUUUGUGAUUAUCCACCUCCACCUCUUGAUGGAGUUGGCCUUGAGGCGGGUUUGAACUUGCGGGAAAUAUGCACAGCCAAUAGGACAAGUGAGCAACAGCAAAUAAAAGCCCUUCUUCAGAGUGUUGGCAUUGCCAUGUGCCCAGAUUACUUAGAUUGGUUUGGAGUUGAGGAUAUUGAUAGUCGUUCAAGAAAUGCAGACCGUUCUGUUCUUUCCAAAUUCUUGCAAGCUCAUCCAACAGACUAUCCCACACUAAAACUACAGGAGAUGAUCCGUUUAAUGAAAAUAAAGCGUUUCCCAUCUGCUUUCAAAUGUUACUGUAACUUUCACAAGCUCUCGUCUAUAUCAAAGGACAAUCUUUACUUGAAGAUGGUCAUCCAUGUACAGAGUGACUCUGCUUUCCGCCGAUACCAGAGGGAGAUGAGGGAAAAUCCAGGGUUGUGGCCUCUAUAUAGAGGUUUCUUUUUAGAUAUUAAUUUGUUCAAAGUGAACAAAGAAACUGCAGCUGAAAUGUCAAGGGAUACAUACUCGUCAAUGAAAAACAUGAAUGGUGGUUCUGAUUCAAAUGAACUUGAUGGAUUAGCUGAUGAAGAUGCAAAUUUGAUGAUCAAGCUGAAGUUUUUAACUUAUAAGUUGCGGACUUUUCUUAUACGCAAUGGCUUGUCUACACUUUUCAAAGAAGGCCCAACUGCCUACAAAGCCUACUACCUGAGGCAAAUGAAGAAUUGGGGCACAUCACAUGGGAAACAAAAGGAACUUAGCAAAAUGUUGGACGAGUGGGCUGUCCAUAUUCGAAGAAAGAUGGGUCGCAAACAGUUGCCUUCUUCUGUGUACCUUUCAGAAGCUGAGCCAUUCCUUGAGGCGUAUGCAAAGAGGAACCCAGAGAAUCAGGCUCUUAUAGGAUCUGCUGGAAGCAUGGUAAGAUCUGAGGACUUCCUGGCUAUUGUUGAAGGAGGCCAUGACGAAGAAGGUAUACUCGUACCUGAGAUUGAGGAGGCCUCUCUUAGCCCUAGUCCUACUGUUAAGGAUGUGAUCCCAAAGGAUGAAGGCCUUAUUAUCUUCUUUCCAGGAAUCCCUGGCUGUGCUAAGUCUGCCCUUUGCAAGGAAAUAUUGAGUGCCCCUGGUGGUCUUGGUGAUGAGCGCCCCAUCCACAGUCUAAUGGGUGAUCUUAUCAAAGGAAGGUACUGGCAGAAAGUUGCUGAUGAGCGAAGGAAAAAGCCGUUAGCCAUAACGCUUGCAGACAAAAAUGCACCAAAUGAAGAAGUUUGGAGGCAGAUUGAGGGAAUGUGUAGGAGUACAAGGGCUAGUGCUGUGCCCGUUGUUCCCGAUUCUGAAGGAACUGUUUCAAAUCCAUUUUCUCUUGAAGCUUUAGCUGUUUUUAUAUUCCGCGUGCUUAACAGAGUUAACCAUCCGGGUAAUCUGGAUAAGGCUUCACCAAAUGCAGGUUAUGUGCUGCUUAUGUUUUACAAUUUGUAUGAGGGGAAGGACCGCAGGGAAUUUGAGAAUGAUUUGGCUGAGCGAUUUGGUGCCUUAGUCAAGAUGCCACUGCUCCAGCCAGAUCGGGCUCCUUUGCCUGAUCCAGUUAGGAGUGUGCUUGAAGAAGGCUUAGAUCUCUACAAGCUUCAUACAAGUACACACGGAAGACUGGAUUCAACAAAAGGAAGAUAUGCAACAGACUGGGCUAGAUGGGAAAAAGAGUUGCGGGAGACAUUGUUUGCAAAUGCUGAGUAUCUUAAUGCUAUUCAGGUUCCAUUUGAUUAUGCUGUCAAGCAAGUGUUGGAACAACUCCGGGCUGUUGUGAAGGGUGAACAUACGACACCAGGCACAGAGAAGAGAAAGUUCGGAAAUAUUGUUUUUGCUGCAAUUACCCUUCCUGUAGAAGAAAUCAAGGCCUGCCUUGGCGAGUUGGCAAAGAAGCACCAAAAAGUGAAGAAGUUCUUGCAGGACAAAAACUUGGAAAAGACCCUUACAAAGGCUCAUGUGACUCUAGCUCAUAAGCGUAGCCACGGGGUCACUUCUGUAGCUAGUUACGGCAUAUUUCUUAACCAGAAAGUCCCUGUUGAUUUCACUGCCCUAUUGUUCUCCCAGAAUCUGGCAGCACUUGAAGCGCAAAUUGGGUCUAUUGAUGGUGAGAAGGUCGCCUCUAAAAAUGAGUGGGCACAUGUCACACUAUGGGCAGGAAAUGGUGCAUCUGCAAAAGACGCCAACAUGCUGUCCCAGUUGGUACUGAAAGGGGAGGCAGCUCGUGUAGAUUUUCACAAACCAGUUUCCGUAUCAGGGGUGGUGGACUUCUACUGAUAUCUUUUCUUCAGUUUCUUCGGUCAAAGUUAGCACGCAACUGCCAAGUUAUGUGGGUUGAUCGCCAACAUCAAAUGCCUCAUUGGAAUGGAGCCGUUGUAUCAUCUUUAAAUUGCGUGGUCCAGAGCCGCCCUUCAGAAUAAAUUUUUAAUUUGUCGUCACACGAAAGGUAAUUUCUUGGAGAGAAAUUGCUAAAAUUUUGUUAGGUUAUUGGAGGAACCCUGUGGUCCCUUGUUGUCGGAGUUCCGCUUCACGUCAAUUCGUUGAGGCCUUUUCUUCUCUUCGAGAGAGAAUGCCUGGUUGUAAGCGCUGUAUGCUUGUGAAAAUUGGUGGAAUAUUUGCAAGGCACUGUUCUGUUUUCCUUUAUUUUGGAUGGCUUUGUAAUAAAGAACUUGAUGAUUGGCAGAGAGUUUAAUUUUUCUUCU